AUUAUCUAUUUUAUCUUUUUGCAACCUCGUUUCCAGUCUUUCCUGUUGUGCAGAAGACAUGGGUACUGGAAAGAAGUUGAGGUUAAUCUUUUUGGUUAAAAGUCCUGUGUUCUCGCUUAUUUUUUCCUUUUCAAACAGAAAACAUUUUAGAGUUACAAUAAAUUUUUAGCAAAUCUUAACGUCCUUAGUUCCCAAUAUUUAUUAUUAUCGAAUUGGCCUCCUCCACUUUUAAGGCCCGGCCUUGGCUCUAGCGUACAUAUGUUGAAAUAAUCCUAAUACUGUUGAUUUCUUUGCAAUUAACCAAUUGGUUAUUGCUGCAUAUUGAAAAGUAUGACGUCAAUUUAUUUUAACACAUGACGUCAAAUUAUAAAUUACAUAUACUUUUUGAGCCAUAAAACUAGUGCAAUAUUUAACGCAGGCUGAUAAAAGUGCCAUGUAAGUUCUGAAGAAAGAUGGACCACCGCCAACAUGGUAUGAUAUGAAGUUGGCAACUUAUCUUUUAUUAUGUAGUGUGGUGACCUUCUUGAAAUCAGGCUACACAUAUGACGAAAAGAUCAUCAAAGGUGACGAAAAGACCUUCACAAAGGGUGAAACGACUAUACAAAAGAAAAGUGUAACAGGAUGUCUUGGUGCUCCCAUUACAUUGGAUCCAAUGGACUGGAUGAAUCCUGCAUACUACGUGCGAUGGACUCAAAACGAUGUUGACCUGUCUAGUUUCAAAUACAACAUGUAUUAUGGUAAACUUAUAUUUUUUCGGUUAGCUGCAACAGAUCGCGGAGUAUACGUGGCGUACCAACGGGAAACAGCAAAAGAACUCGAAUUCACUCUAAAAAUUCCAGAUAACACUCUAACUGUGGAAGGCUUGCAAGAAAUCACAACAAACGCAUUUGAAACAGUUAUACUGAAAGUGCAUAUGGCAUCCGGGGGAUAUGGACAAUGGAAAAUGAAUGGAAUAUAUUUGAAAACUGGCGAACACCAUCAUUUGUCAUUUACGAGUGAUUCUAGAGCUCUGUUGGAGAUAGAUAACAUACAAACACGUCAUGCAGGAACCUACCAUUUCUUUUACGCGGUAGAAGGAUGCGAAAGCAGUAAACAGUGGGUUGUUAAUGUUCUUCAAACAGAUACAAAAGAAAAUUUAAAAGUAUGCCCUGGGGAUACUGCUAUACUGAAGUCAACAUCAUUGGAUGGCUUGUUGACAUGGAAACGGGAAAACAACAUUGAAAUAUUUUCAAACUCAAAGUACGAACUUACAGACGAUACACACGUGUUAAAAAUUCAUAAUGUGUCCCAAAGAGAUGCUGGUGUGUAUAUAGCAUUAGCUGUUGACGGAAGUAAAGUUACGUAUACACUAACAGUGCCGGACACAACCUUGCUAUCAUUGGAUAAACCCACAAAGGUUAAUGUGAACGAUCGGGUUGUACUGCGUGCGUACGCAAAGCAUAAUGGUACAUUUACGUGGAUGCAUGGGAAAACUGUUUUAACAAAAACGUCAAAAUCAAGUCAUUUUAUUUUUCCUGAUCUAAAAUCUUACAACAUAGUAAAUGGAUCUGUUUUGGGAAUUCGGGAUAUAAAAGAAGAACACGCGGGAGUUUAUAAAUUGUAUUAUCAAGUCGGCGGAUGCAAAGCAACUUUAAGUUGGUUUAUCGAGGUCCAAAAAAAUAAAGAAACAGUAUGCCCUGGGGAUACUGCUAUAUUGAGGUCAACAUCAUUGGAUGGCUUGUUGACAUGGAAAAGGGAAAACAACAUUGAAUUAUUUGGAAACUCAAAGUACGAACUUAUAGACGAUACACAUGUGUUAAAAAUUCAUAAUUUGUCUCCAAAAGAUGCUGGUGUGUAUACAGCUAUAGCUUCUGACGGAAAUAAGGUUUCAUUUACACUGACAGUGCCUGACACGACCCUGUUAUCAAUGGAUAAGUCUUUGAAAGUUAAAGUGAACGGUCGGGCUGUACUGCGUGCGUACGCAAAGCAUCAUGGUGUAUUUACAUGGAUGCAUGGAAACACUGUUUUAACAGAAACGUCAGAAGCAAGUCAUUUUAUUUUUCCUGAUCCAAAAUUUUACGACAUGGCCAAUGGAUCUGUUUUGGAAAUUCGGAAUAUACAGAAAGAACAUGCAGGAGUUUAUAAUUUAAAUUAUCAAAUCAACGGAUGCAAAUCAAGUUUGAGUUGGUCCAUCGAGGUUCAAAAAAUUGAAGCGAAAAGUAUGAAAGUCUGUCCAGGCUCUAUAGCCGUUAUGAAUCCAGUAUCGAUGCAAGAAAAUGGUCUGUUGUUAUGGCAACGAGACAGUGUAGAUAUACAAGAAACAGCCAGAUAUGAUUUUAGCGCUUACAACCACGUAUUAAAAAUCUAUGAUGUUAAACCGAAUGAUGCUGGUGUGUACACAGCCUUAGCAAACGAUGGGGAUAAAACUUUGUUUACAUUGCACGUUCCAGAUACAACUCUACAAUUACUCGACAGUGGUUACAAUGUAUUCGCUAGAAAACACGAUCGAGUUAUUUUACGUAUACAGACUACACAUCGAGGAGAAUCAACAUGGAAAUUUGAAAACAAACUUUUAAUUUCUUCACCAUCUAGUGAGCAUUUUGUAUUCCCGGAUUCCAAAGUGUAUGGGAUAGCUAAUGGUUCCGUCCUAGAAAUACACAACAUCCACGAACAGCAUGCUGGGACGUAUACAUUUGACCAUCUAGUUGAUAGCUGUCGAAACGAAGUAAAAAUUUUUGUACAUGUUAUGAAGAAGAAGUUUGUCCCAGAAAGAUUUAGCGACCCGAUCGCAUCUUACAAGGUGGUAGCACCACCAGGUGAACAUCCGACAAUCACUCUACGUAUUAACUUAGCCGUCAUCCUAGUGAUUGUUUUUGCCGUCAUAGUCGGAAUCAUCUAUGUGUGUUUUAUUCUAUGCAAAGAUCUUACCCAAACAUUUGAAAGGCUUCACUAUUCGAGAUAUCUUCCUCCUUUAUCUUCAUUCGACAAAGAAAAAUACAUCAAACAAAUCAAGAAGGUUUGGGGAAGAUCUGUUAAAAUGAUGAAGAAAUAUAAUCCUUUUAAUAAGGCAACAAUCAAGGAAAAUCAUACGUAUGAAGAGCUACCUUCGCAAGAUUACGAUUCACUUUCUGAUCAUGAUGAAUUUGAUCAGGACAUUGAAGCAUAUGACACUGCCAAUAGCGACGUGGAAUCUGAAAAAGAUGACAAAAAUGAGAUAACGCAUGUCAAUGGCUGUUAUGGAAGUUUUGAGUCCAAUGACGAGACGAGGGAGAAGAAUAUAGGCAGAACAUCUCAACAAGAUAUUGAACCCAUAUAUGAUAGUCCUACAGAAGAACACAUUUAUAGCGAUAUUUCAAAUGACGAAGAAAAUAUACAGUAGCUAA